AUGUCUCGUCAACCAUCUAGAGCACCUCAAGGGAGUUCCCAAUCCAGUAAGAAUCCUACCAUGUCAUAUGCACCUGGCCGUAACCCAAGCACAAUUUAUGAAGAAGAGGAAACCACAAGUAACAACGGAGCAACCUCAUCUUGCGCGCCAACAUCUUCUCGUGCACCAACAUCUUCUCUUGCACCAACGUCGUCUCGCGCACCAACGCAAUACGCGGCACCUCGAGCGCCCACUCAAUAUACGUCUUCUCGAGCACCUACUCAGAAUACCGCUUCUCGAGCUCCAACUCAAUACACAGCCCCACGCGCACCAACUCAAUACGCCCAACCUCAUCAAUCUGUCGCCCCAGCACAAUCUAGCAGAGCCGCGGCAAGCCAGUAUUCUCGCCAACCAUCGCAAAUGGGCAAUCCUGCAACAACCAGUUAUUCCCAAAGCACCUCACAAGGUGCCAAAUACACCACACUCAACCGUGAUGAUGCGCGACAGAGCAAAGCCGGGCCACCACCUGCCAAAUCCCAAGCCUAUAGAUCAACGAUGGCUAGACCAGCAGCAUCAACCAGAGCCAAGAGCAUUCUCGCAACACCAGAAGACUUCAAAAUGGCCCAGACCCAACUCCACAGAGACGAGCUUGAAGGCGUUGAAGCGGAAGAACAAGAUGAGUGGGCUCGAAAAAUGAUCGCGACAAUUCCAAAUGCUUGUCCGGACAAGAUGGCGUUCGAGCGUCAUGACACUCUUCCGCUCUAUAUGUGUGCGAAAGGAGGUCAUGCCGUGACUGAUGAAUUGCUCGCUGAGGGUCUAGGAGGCCUUAUGGCAGCUCCCAAGGGUCGGGCGCCACCCGGUGGAUUUCCGUUUGAGGAGUUUGAAGGCCCGUUCUAUCUCGAUGAGGAGAGCGAGUUCUAUGUUACUGAUUGUAAGAAAUGGUGGGCGAGGAAAAACAAGGAAAGAGAGAACAAGUGA